AUGGUCGCGGUGGUACAUUUUGGCCGGAUGGGGGGCCACGAGUAUCGACACGGCAUGGCCGUUGCGAUCACUGGCCCCAUAGCCUCUGCCCGUGUUGUUCUGCUGCUGCCGUUGCUCCUUUGCGCUCUGCUGUGUCUCUUAACGGAACUGUGGCUGUUAUCCCAGCUUCGAUCCCCAAAACGUUCGUCUUUGCCUGUCCGGGUCGAUCGCGCUAACAACUUUUCUCAGGAGGCGCUCCUCAUUCCCUCCGGGGCUUACCUAACGGCUUCAAUACCCAACAACAGCAGCCACAGCAGGCACGGUCCGUGUCCAGUCGACUACCCAACGGCAAGAUGGGUAAGCACGAGAAAAACGAAGCAGAUGGGAGACCGGUCUAGCGGGACAGCUGGCAAACGACAGCUAACAGGCGUGUUUGCAGGUAACAACAAUGCGUCAGGCUGGACGUUCGGCUCCGGCGUUCCACUCGCAGGCUCGGGCGCCGGUGGCCUGCAGAACCAGGCCCGGCCGCAGCAACUGGGCGGCAAUAUCAGCUUUGCCCAGAGCUUAGGCGGGUCACAACCGGCCACGCCUCUGGAUCCUUCGGAGUUCCCCUCGCUGUCAAAUAACACGCAACUAGCAAACGCUGGACAAGCAUCGUUAUGGUCCACGACCGGCGCACGAAACAUUGGCAGCCAGUCGAUACAACGGGGCGCCAACACGCCCUUGUCGUCGCAGCAAGGCCAGCAGCAGGAGGACAUGUUUGGUGCGUCCACACGACUGCCGUCCAACCAGGGCACCUUCCGCUUCGGCAGCCAGGCCGCCAAUAUUGGCCAGGCCAGCAUCGGUCAGGCGAGUAUCGGCCAGAACGCACAAUCAUCACAGCCGGGCGCCAUCGACGAUUUCCCACCACUGAACCGGUCCGCCACCACAGGCGAGAUUGGCCAGGACCGCACGACGAGCCUCAUGUCCAAAUUCGGUUACAGCGGCGCCCAGACGUCGGCAACUUCACCCGCGGCACCAGGAGGUACAGCAGCAGUCGGCACCCGCAGCAUAGGCAACGGCCUGCUCAACGCCCUGUCGGCCAACUCGGGAUCGCGAGUCGCCAGCGGUGGUAGCGAGGUGCGGUCACCAGUCGGCACACGACCGCAGGAGACAAGUAGCCUGGCAGCGGAGGAGGCGGCGGCAGCACGACAGAAGAUGGACAGCGAUGCUGCGUCUGCUUCUGCUGCUGCUGCGACCUCGGCGGCAAGUGCGGCGCAGUCGCCAAUAGGAGGAGAGGCUGGUGGGCCGGUGCGCGGUGCCGACGGGCGCAGCUCGAUUGGUACGAUGGGCGGCGGCGAUGGAGCUCCUUCUGGCAAGCUGCGGGAAGAGAGCGAAACAGCAAUCUACGCCAGCCAAGAUCCCCUAGCCGGCACGGCACCGAUCGACCGGUGGGGCAUGAAGGGCCUGCGGUCCUUGCUGAACAAUCCAGAGUACAGCGCCAUGAUCUCGGGGUACGGGCUGGACCUGAAUGCGCUUGGUGUGGAUCUGAACACGAACGACCUCUUGUCCACGCAAACGUACUCGCUGUUUGACGGCGCGGCACCGCGGCCCGCCAUGCCCAAGUUCCGCCUGCCCGAGUGCUAUAAGGUGUCCAACGUUGGCCCGAUCGAGAGCAAGAUUGCGAGUUUCAACGAGGAGACUCUGAUGUGGAUCUUUUACUCGUGUCCAAACGACAUCAAGCAGCAACUUGCUGCCAUUGAACUGAACAACCGCAAUUGGCGGUGGCACAAGCGGCAGCAGGUCUGGCUUACCAAAGACGACCUGAUGAUGCCGCAAGUCCUUAGCAUGAACCACGAGCGUGGCUUCUACAUUGUGUGGGACGUGUCGACCUGGCGCAAGGAGCGGACAACGAGGGAAAUUACUCUCAACUAUGGCGACCUGGACAAUGCCCCGGUUGCCGCAGGAGGCGCCGUCUAA